CGCGAGCACGAGACGCUGGUUGAAAAGCUUCGGCUGUGGCUCAGCCACGCCAACGCAGACGCAGUGGUGUGGUUGGAUUAUGAUAAGGAGAACUUUGUGUCCCGCCUCCUCAUGCGCGGGCUUUCUGCCUCCCCGUUCUCCGCACGCCACGUGUCUUUUCUCGGGCGCGUAUCAAAAGGAAAAAUCCCCCCUCCCCAUAUCAAAAGGAAGUUUCUGAUGCUGGAUUUGCGUAGACAAAUCAGCUGUGUAAUGCAGAGAGGCACUGCGGGCAGAUCUCCAGGCUAGAUGGGGGCGUAUGCGUCUAGUUGUUCAGCAUGGCAAACGGCUCCCCUUUAGGCCCAACAGCAUGACAAAUCGCCUCCAUAAUGGGGCGGAAGCUCCUGCCCUUGUCUUCUAGCAAGACAAAUGUGAUUUGUGACCUCAAAUCAGCAACAAGACUUCUUGUCUUGCGGCCCUUUUCCCACAUUAGAGACGGGGCCGCACCCCCGUGAGAUCAUCUCGUCCGGACUCAUCGUGGAGAUCAACCCCCGUGAGAUCCAAGAUCCGUAGAGGCACUCUGUAACAGGCAUCAGGUGCGGCUGAUGAACCUUUUGAAACUUCCUAGUAAAUCAAAUCAAAUCAAAAUAAUGAGGACACAUUUGCCCUCCACCUGAAGCGCGUACGUGCGCAAAAUGCUUCGGUGGCCCCAGUAUGGUGAGCUCGCGACUCCGCGGGUGAUCGAAGAGAUGCCGACUUCUUCCGUGUUUCCGCUCCGAUCAAACUUCCUCUUCUUCCCGGCCUCGCAUGCGGACUUCCACGCUUCCUUGUGCCUGCCGGACGGGACCUCCGGUGUAAGCGGCUUUGCAGUGUCGGCGGGCUGCUCAUAGAGGAGUGCGGAUGUAUGCCGGAGCGGGCGUCUGCACCAGGUCCACGAGGAUGCCGCGCCCACCAGCGGAGAGCCUAGAUGCGCGGGGAGAUCAGGGACAAAAUCUUUGUGUGUUGCAGUUCGCUAUUGGUGUUGUCGUUAUGCCUGUUCCUUGUGUACUCAUGGGAUGAUCUAUUCUUAACACUGAACUCAGGUCGAAACUCGUCGCUGCCACUCUCUCUUUUGGCCGGUGGUUUUCUACAAUUCGACACGGCUUCUUGCAGCGGCUCUCUGCGGCGCUGGUUCGGGCUCGUCUUCUGCCGCGUAUGGAUGUCUGUGUUAAGCGGGCGGCGUCGUGGACAUCGUGUUUCGUGGGUGCCAGCAGCAACAUUUUCUCCUGCUUUUACCAUGCAGACAAGCCUGAGUCAGACCACAAGCGUUCUGGCCCGAUCGCCGCCACAAGCGCAGGCGCGGACUCCCACAAGCGUGAGGUCAGGCUUGUAGGCAUGGUAGCCGGUCCCUGUGUGGUGGGGCUCUUUACGGCGGUGGCUGCCUGCGGCCGGCGGCGGGUUGGUGCGCUUCUUCUGUUUUGGCGGCUGAGUGCGGCUUCGGCGAGGCCAAGGUGGAGAGGUUCGUUCGGUCUGCCGCACUUGCGCGAGCGGAGCCUUUAUUUUCCUACGUUCUUCUGGAUCGGAAACGAUACAUCUUACGGCCAAGGAGGGAGCGGUGGGCCAUACGUGCGCGGCGGCGUCGGUGCUCGUGGACUCGAUCGCGAAUUUCCUCUCGGGAGAGGAGGAUAAUGUAGUUUCAUUCCAUACUUGGCUACAUCUCCUCUCUUGCGGCUCCCGUGCUCGCGGUGGCAGCUGUUCCGGCGACCCUGGCCUACGUUACGUUGGAACUUUGGGAUCCUGUUGCUUCUCCCGAGCGAGGCCGUCUUGCCUUCCACUCAGGGCUCUCGUGGAUUGAGCCUGGCGGGAAAUUCCCGUUGCGUGAGGCUCUUGCCAGGAGUGCGUCCACGCUUGCCGACGCGGUUUCGGGGGUAGACGGGGUCAGGGUGGCUAUCGGAGCUUGCUCCGGGGCUUGCGGUGUGGGGGCGUGUUCAUGGGGCUGUGCCCGGGCUCAGCGAGGAUUUUUUCCCUGUCUGUGCUCCCUCGUGUUCAUGCUACUGUGCUGCUUGACUGGUAGUCAUUUUGGCUUUUGUUUUUCCUCCGUCGCUGUCGUUUGGUCCCCAGGGCUGCUACGGACAGAGCCCCCUGGGUUACCACGGUCGAGUGGUUGUGCGUUUCGGUUCUCCUAUGCCCAUGCCUACCGUGUACUUGCCGCUGGGUACUGGUAGAGCGUCUCUUUCGUCAGACUUUUUCGCUUCGGCGAAAUGACAUGACGAUUGUUUGGGGAGGUUCCUAACGGUCCCCUCAGGGCAUUGCCUCGUCGCUGACCUGUGGAGAAAGGCGGUUCAGGUCAGCUUCGGGAAGGGUAUCCGGAGUUGAGUUAGCUUCGGCUUUCUCUUGUGUAUUCGAGGGCAGUGGUUGGCGGAGGUUGUCGGGUUGUUCCUAAUUGGUCAUCCCAGAACAUUUGUGUUCCCUUGUGACUUCCUCAUUUCCUGUGCAGUUUUAUACUGCAUAUACAGGCGCCACCCUCGUUUAUCACCUCCAGGGCUACGUGCGACCCCUCCGACGCUGCGUGUGGAAGGAGGAAGUUCGGCGUGUCGGGUGAGGGACGCCCGACGGCUGGCCUACGGAUAUCAGGUGGAUCACAGGCUCAAAUCAGCAACACAAAUUUUCGAAGUCAUACCUUUUCAAUAUGGGGAGGGGGGGUUUUUCCUCUCAAUAGCGCGCCUCGUCGGGGGGGACCACCGGCGGCCCCUCCGCCGAAUUCGGGCAACUACACCUGGGAACGACAAUGGAAAAGGGGGUCAGAAAUGUCAACGUAGAUGCUGGGGACAACGCGGGGGACCCUCCUAUUGCGACCGGAUCCGACGGAAACAGCGGGCGGCUCCUUGAGCUGGGAACUGCAGGUGACCUCGCGGCACUGAUGAACUCUUCCCCACCAGAGGAGGGCGCGAUGCCGGCGUCCAGCAUGGCAAGGUGGCAGCAGCACUCCGCGUCUGCCAUCGGCACAGCUCCCGGCGCCCGAAAGGAGAGGCCGAGUCUUCGAAGUUUGAUGCCAAUUUUGAAGUACCGCUACGGGUCGACCUUUGUGGACUACUGUUCUAGGGAGCGGGAGAAGGCCAACCCGUCCGCGCGCGUGGACGAGCCGCCCGGGAGGCACGGGGCUCAGCUGGCUCCGGUCGUUCACCACCAGGAACAGAUGUCGACGUUCGAGCGCAAAGGCACAAUAGUACAAUAUGUUUAAUAUUUCUGCAUAUGUUGAGGUCCUCUCGGAUAAUGAAAGAGCACGCGGUUUUCAUAUUCCGGAUCGUUUGAAGAUCCGAUUUGUGAACUAUAACACUCUGCCCGUCCCUCCUGUAGUGCCAUGAUAUAGUACCAACAAUUUCAUCAUUCGUCGCGAUGUUGUUGUGUAGCAUGUUACAAAAAGCUGCAGAACACGAACGCGAAUCCGUCACAGGUGUUCACGCCGACGCGGGACUUGCGGAAGGUGUCGGUUGACUAUGGAAGCAUAAUUCUUCCGGGAGAAUUUUACCAUCACGGGCGACGGGAUUCGACGAUAUUCGGCUUUGCACGGCGCCAGAGCUCCGUGGCACCUCCGGCGGGGGACGCGGAGCGGCGCAGACCUAGCAUGAUGCUUUCCCGUGCGGGAAGCCGUGCGUUCCACGAGGUUGCGGGGCCCGGCGCCAUUGCAGCACCCGGUGCGGCGUCCUCUGCGCAACAGCACCAUCCCGGUUUGCUACGAAAAGACUCGCGCAUAGAGGAAAACCCCACGUCGACCUCCGGUUCCGCCCGGCCCACUCUGCUUUUUCACCGCAAGGACAGCAGCAUGCAACUCCUGCGCAAAGAUAGCACGUCCUUCUUUCCAGAGCGGAAGAGUGCGCGCAGGACGUUUUCGCGCGCGGGCUCGGUCAUGUUUCCCGACCAGAUUUUGGAGGAGCCGGAGGAGCUGCCGAGUGGACCGCCACCUCCGUGCGUCAACAGUGCCGCGACUUCCACAACCGCCAACCUCCAGGCCGUGGCGAACAACCCGAGCCUGAAGAAGUUGUUGCGGCGCAAGGAAAGCACGGUUUUAGAGGAGCACGGGCUCGGCGACGGGAAACAGCUGCUUCGCACCGAAAACUCCACCUACGUGGUGGUGCAGUCGGACACUAACAGCAGCGCCUCCAAACCGGACCUCCGGCGAGGAUCGUGCGACGCCGCCGCGGCGGCGGACCUGGUGUCGCUGAGCAAUGCAAGAAGCUCGAUUUUGAAAACACAGCAGCACCAGUUGGACCUGUUGAAUAGCUCGCUGGAGCAGCGGCGGAGGCGCAGCACGCUGUCUCGUGGAUCGGUGCUGCUGCCGGGCGGGAUGGUCGUGGUGGACCAGGCAACUGGUACCGCAGCGGAGCAGGAGAGCGGCGCAUUAACAGUGUCUCCCACCGGCGCACCCGCGCAGGUGCGCGUGUCCGUACAGGGCGGGGGACAGAUUCUGGUACAGCCCCGGCGGCACUCCACACGGACGAGUGUAGCGGAACCGCGCAUGUCGAAAGCUUUUUUGCUGGAGGACAUCGACGAGAACACGUGUGCCCUGCCUGGCGGCAGCCCUAGUAGUACAACUGGGCGCAGAAACUCUCGGGCGCCCGGUGCCGUGCUGCGGCGGAAGGCCUCGGAAAUCAACCGUGCGGAGGGACGUAAUGUGGGUGUGCACCGAGGGAUCAUGGAACAAGAUGCGGCCGAGUCGAAGAUCAGCGUCCGCCGGAUGACGCUAGAGUCGCCCAAGCAGAAGGCCGCGGCGGAGGAGGAGAGUGUGUCCCCGGCGGAGCUGCUGCGGAGCAUUCUGCAGCAGGAGGCAACGGAAAGUAUGCUGGCGAAGAGCAGCGGCGGGGUGCUGGUGACCGGAGGAGUAGACGGGGGUUCGUCCUCUUCGGGUUCCCAAGCUGCACCUGUGGGAAAAGCGAAGACCGAGGGCUCGGGUUCGGGCCGGCAGGGUGGAGCGAAGGGACUGUGGAAAGCGGUGGCAACAGUCGCUCGGAUUUCGGUGAACUUCAAGAAGAAGAAAGGCGCAAAAAAGAAUAAAGCCGGGUUGAGCAGUACUGCAGAGGUCGCAAAGACGCAGUCGAUGCCCGCUGCCCGAAAUCUGCAGCAGCUGCUGUUUGCGGAUGAAGGUCCAACCUUGCUGGAAGAUGAGCCGGAGCCCAUUCUAAAAUCGAGCAGUAGCUUCGCCAAAAAGACGCGGCGCGAGUCCACUGUCACUUUUGACUUAUCAAAUGACACGCAAACAUUUACUGCGCCCGAGACAAUACUAGAGUAGUAGCUUUGAUGUUCGCAAGCCUUUUACCUUUUCUCCUGUGUAUGAUUAGCUGACAGAAUUUUCUACAACGCGAAGUUGUUAAAGCAUCAUAACCAUUAUAUUUGCAUUUCGGCGUAAUUAGAGCGUUGCGGCUGUACGAACUUCCGUCGUACCUACUGUAGACAGAGCUUUUGGAAUGUAAAAUGUACAUUGUCCUCGACGAAAAAAGUUGAU